AUGGUGAAGCCAGCCAUUGUGAAGCGGCCUCUUUGGUCUUACUUCCUGCCGUCAACGUACACGAGCCGCAUUCACGGCUGGGCACACCAUGCACCCAUGCUCAUGUUUGGUGUCGCAACGACCGCCAUUCUCAUGCGGCAGUCGUACUAUCGCAGCUCCCUGGAGGAUGAGGACGAGAAUACGUGUGACCGCAUUGACCGCCGCGCGUAUGUAGCGCUGCCGGACGGCCGUAUGGCGCUUGUGUAUCCCAUCAUCGACACACAGGUCACCCCCACACGUGUCGUUUUCUCUUUUCUGGAUGCCAUCAACCCCAUGCCGUGA